AAGGGCAGGAUCAAUUUCUUCAAGUACAUCCUGUCGUUUACGAUAUUCCGCCGCUGGAAGACGGUCCACAAGGCUGAGGAGAGCCCAUCGCCCGGUGGCUUUGCGAUGGUCCUCCAAAAUGCCUCCUGUACCGCCAGCGCAACGGUCCCGAUGACGCACUCCGCCAAUGGCCCGGACGGCAAUGGCAAUCGCAAACCGUGCUCCACCCUGCCGCCGCCGCCGCUGCCGCCACCACCGUUGGGUCACGGCACCGAUUGUAACCUUAACCGGAUUGCAGAUGGCGGCGGCGGCGUCGUCGGUGGGGUCGACGAUGCACAUGACUCAUCGCAAUCUCGGCGGGCCGAUGGUGCCAACAACAACAACAACAGCAUCCAGGAUGCGGAAGCGAAACGCCAGCAUGCGACGAAGGCGACCGGCGGUGGCGGCGGAGUCUGUGCGUCGUUCUUCUUCUCCUCGGCCGGUCGAUCCUCGGCGCAACGCCGGGCUAACGGCACGUCGACGGUGCCGGGACGAUGCAGGACCACCUCCUCGAUGAUGAAAGUCGACCCAGAGCUUAUCUUCACGAAGCAGGAGCGCAUCGGUAAAGGAUCCUUCGGUGAAGUGUUCAAGGGUGUUGACAACCGAACACAGCAGGUCGUUGCUAUUAAGAUCAUCGAUCUUGAGGAGGCGGAAGAUGAAAUUGAGGACAUUCAGCAGGAAAUCAUGGUGCUAUCACAGUGCGAUUCACCGUACGUCACCAAGUACUUCGGGUCAUAUCUCAAGGGCACCAAACUAUGGAUCAUCAUGGAGUAUCUUGGGGGUGGAUCCGCCCUGGAUCUGAUGAAGGCGGGCCUUUUCGAGGAGAUGCACAUCGCCAUCAUACUGCGCGAGGUCCUGAAGGGUCUGGACUACCUGCACUCGGAGCGCAAGCUGCACCGAGAUAUCAAGGCGGCCAACGUGUUGCUCAGCGAGCUGGGCGAUGUGAAGCUGGCCGAUUUCGGUGUGGCCGGCCAGCUUACGAACACCACGUCGAAGCGCAACACCUUCGUCGGCACGCCGUUCUGGAUGGCACCGGAGGUCAUCAAGCAGUCGAUGUACGACUCGAAGGCCGACAUUUGGUCGCUGGGCAUCACCGCGAUCGAGCUGGCCAAGGGCGAACCGCCCAACUCCGAGCUGCACCCGAUGCGGGUGCUGUUUCUCAUUCCGAAGAACAAUCCACCCCAGCUUACCGGUAGCUAUACGAAGCCAUUCAAAGAUUUUGUCGAAGCGUGCCUAAACAAAGAUCCAGAAAAUCGACCUACGGCGAAAGAGCUGUUAAAAUUUCCAUUCAUCAAAAAGGCGAAGAAAAAUGCCUACCUAAUCGAUCUGAUCGAUCGGUACAAGAAGUGGAAGGCGCAGAAGGGCGAGGAAAGCGAAACCGAAUCGGAAAAUUCAGACUCUGAGGACUCCAAACAAGACAGUGAUCUGGAUGAGCCCUGGAUAAUGACGGUGAAAGGAAUGAAUUUUAAUAACUUUAACAAAAAUGUGAUGGAAGACCCGCUCGGUUCGCCGGUGAAGCACAACGGUACCAGCAACAUCGGGGUCAGCUCGAACCGUGAUAGAGACUACAAUUUAAAUCAACAAAAAUCGAGUCAGCCACGAACGUCCACAUCGCCAUCGCACCAGUCUUCUUCGACGCUGAUUGCAUCCAACAAUGCGGCCAACAACAGCACCACCAGCCCCAGCAUCGUCGAGUCCCGCAAGGAGCGAGACCUGCAGAAUCAAAUCUCGGCGAUGCAGCUGCAGAAGGAGAAGGAAGCGAGCUUAGAACGGCAACGGGAGCACCGCCUGGAGCGCGAGAGCGAAUGGGAGAAGGAUCGCGAAAAGGAGCGUGAGCGAGACCGUGACCGUGAGCGGGAACGUGAACGGGAGCGGGAGCAACGGGACCGUGAACGCGAACGUGACCACCGCGAGCGGAUAGACCGCGACCAUCGAGAGCAGCGGGAGAAAGAUCGUGAUAGUAAGGAGCGGAAACUUGUUGCGUCCGACGGGCUGCCAGGAUCGGGUGGUGAGCCGGAAAAGCGCAGCAGCAGCUUGCGGCGCGAGCGGGACUCGCCCAGCCACAACAACAACACCGGCAGCAAUGGCAACUCGCGCACCAACAGUAUUACGAAUGUAAAUAAUAACUCCAACAAGAGCUCCAGCCGAACUUCGUCCGCAUCGACGGCGAGCAGUGGCUGUCUGAAGGCAAUUAUCUUCCCGCUACUAUCCGAGAUGCAGCGAAGCUAUAGCAGUGGAUCCGACAUGGGUGAUCUGCGGAUCGCAUUCGAGAGCGCGGAACGGAGUAGUCCCGGCGUGAGCGACCUGUUCGUGAAGGAAAUUAUCCACAAGCUAGUACCCGGAUUUUCCGAGACACGAAUCAAUACGCUUAUAGACAAAGUGACACGCGAAUCGAGGAUAAAACGAUAGAUAUUGACGUAAUUUGAUCUUUACCGUAAUUCGAAUCAUGCAUUCCCACCUCUGGCUUUGUCUAUAUCGGCAGACGUGGCAGCAUUAUAAAAAACAAACCUUUAUUACAUUUCACAUUCGUACACCUUGCUUAAAAUUUGGUGAAACCACUUAUGUUCGGUGGGCGUUGUGUGCGUUUCAUUCAUUUGUUGUACUUUGCAGCGGUGACCCACUAAAUCGGUUCGAUUUGAUGGUCCAUUUGUGCUGUUUGUGCAAACGUUUUUUGUCUUUCACGUGUCCGUCUCCUGAAUAAAACUUCGUAACAACUAAUUUAUUCACUCUCCCGAAGCAGACCAAGCAUAUUUGAAUGUGUUGAAAAUAGAUACUACAAAACAAACAGUUUUCCAUAUCGAUCGUUUGUUGUCUUUUUAUGUAAUGUUUUCGUUAAUUGAUGUCAUAACGCGAAGAUUUGUUAGCAUCGAAUCUGCGAGAAUUCGUGUCAAAGACGGCGUAAUGAGAGCCAGAAGCGUAACGAUGAUUGUAGCAAUCUGAUCAAUUAGCACUACCCAGAUUCGUCACGAUCCAUAACACUGUGCAGCUUGUUUCUCUCUCUUAAGGACAGCGUUCAUGUGAAGAGAACCGUAUUACAAGGAACGGGAUUGACGGUGGUGUUCGCGUGAAGUUGGUUGAUACAAACAUAAUGCGACAGGUAGAGUAUGCAAUCCGAGAAGUGAACAAUGCGAUAGGUACAGGAUAAUUAAAAAAGGAAAUUUUAUGACAAUAUUGUCCGGUUUUGCUAUUUAGACUUGUAAGAGCAGAACAAAGAAACCUGCAAACCACGAAUAAAGAUGAAAUACACAAAAUUUAUCAUACUAUCUAUUAUGAAUCACACUGUGGCUACAAUAGUGUAAAGAAACAAUAUAUAACGAUGCAGCGGAAUGGAAUGUCGGAGCACAGAGAAUCAAAAUCGGGCGAAAGUACUGUUGUUUCUUAGGUUUUGUUACAACUUCUACAAACGAAUCUGCCCUCUUCAGACCGAUAGGCACACUUCUUCUUCAGACUGUAAUUAUCUUAAGGUGUUGUUGUAUAUUCAUCUUAUGUUUGACUAAGAAUGGUUGGUAGAAGAGUAUGAAAAAGUUUCCAUUUGAAAAAUCUUGUACAAACUAUGUAAUUUUUUCAGUUUUUUUUUGUUUUCUUAA